GUCCCGCGCGGAAGAGCGUCGAGCGUGCGUGUAUGACGCAGUUUCGCCGCCGCCACCCCCCCUGUCGCGACCCCUCGAGCGGCUGAGGCGAGUAUCGUGGAGGCGGAGCCGCUGCCGCCGCCGCCGUCGCCUCCGUCCGGCUCUCCGUCGCAAGAGAGGCCCCUGCGAGCGAGCGAGUGCUAGGCCGGGCCGUGGGCCCCGAGCCGAACGCUUCUCCCUCUCCUCGGGAGGCCCAGCCCUGAGGAGAAGAAGUGGUUUUGAGACACUGAAAUAUCUUCAACAUGUUUAAUAAAUCUUACGGAACGCCUUUUGGCGGCACCACAGGGGGAUUUGGGACAACUUCGACUUUCGGACAGAAUACUGGCUUUGGGACGACCAGCGGAGGAGCCUUCGGGACGUCCGCCUUCGGAUCCAGUAACAAUGCCGGGGGGCUCUUCGGUAGCACUCAGACCAAGCCAGGAGGGCUCUUCGGGGCAAGUACUUUCAGCCAGCCGGCCACGUCGUCCACUAGUACCGGUUUUGGUUUCGGCACGUCCACUGGAACUUCCAGCAGCCUGUUUGGGACCGCCAGCACAGGGGGAGGCCUCUUCUCAAACCAGAGCAAUGCCUUUGCCCAGAACAAGCCGGUGGGGUUUGGCAAUUUUGGGACAAGCACCAGCAGCGGAGGGUUGUUUGGCACCACAAACACAACCUCCAACCCAUUUGGGGGCACAUCUGGCUCCCUUUUUGGGUCUACAAGCUUUUCGGCCGUCCCUACUGGCACCACGAUUAAGUUCAACGCACCAAACGGUACGGACACCAUGGUCAAGUCUGGCGUCAGCACCAACAUCAGCACCAAGCACCAGUGCAUCACUGCUAUGAAGGAGUAUGAGAGCAAAUCGCUCGAGGAGCUCCGCCUGGAAGACUACCAGGCCAACAGGAAAGGCCCCACCAACCCAGUGGGAGCUGGAGCCACGCCGGGCUUGUUUGGAUCGUCCACCGCUACGUCCAGCGCGGCCACAGGACUCUUCGGCUCCUCCACCACCAACACGGGAUUUUCGUACGGGGCAAAUAAAACACCAUUCGGAACCAGUACCACUGGUUUUGGCACAGGAACCGGAGGUCUCUUCGGCUCGACUCAGCAGACGCCCAGCCUCUUCAAUAAACCUUUUGGUCAGCCCACCACAGCCCCAAACACGGGCUUCUCCUUCACCAACACCAGCACCCUCGGGCAGCCCAACACAAACACGAUGGGCUUGUUUGGAGCUGCCCAGCCCACACAGACGGGAGGCCUUUUUGGCACAACGGCCAAUACCAACACAGCAGCUGCGUUUGGAACAGGAACCGGACUCUUUGGGCAGCCCAACACCGGCUUCGGUGUCGGUGGCUCGUCUCUCUUUAGUAACAAGACCGGAGGCUUUGGCACCACGACCACCAGCGCACCCUCGUUCGGGACGACAACUGGAUUUUUUGGGUUCAAUACCAACGCCACGGGAAACAGCCUCUUUGGAAACAAGCCUGCGACCGGGGCGCUGGGUCCAGGCCUCGGGGCAGGAUUUGGGACAGCCCUUAAUCCAGGGCAGAAUUCGCUCUUUGGCAGCACCCAGCCCAAGCUGGGGGGCACACUCGGGACGGGAGCCUUUGGUGCCCCUGGAUUUAACACAUCAACUGCCACGCUGGGCUUCGGAGCCCCGCAGCCUGCUGUGGCUCUGACAGACCCCAACGUUUCUGCGGCCCAGCAGGCCGUCCUGCAGCAGCACCUCAACAGCUUGACCUACUCGCCCUUCGGGGACUCGCCCCUCUUCCGGAACCCCAUGUCCGACCCAAAGAAGAAGGAGGAGAGGCUGAAGCCAACCAACCCGGCGGCCCAGAAAGCGCUGACUACCCCGACACAUUACAAACUGACUCCCCGCCCGGCAACCCGCGUGCGCCCCAAAGCUUUGCAGACGGGCGGCUCCUCCAAAUCCCACCUCUUCGACGGCCUGGAUGACGACGAGCCUUCUCUGACCAACGGGGCCUUCAUGCCCAAGAAGAGUAUUAAGAAGCUGGUCCUGAAGAACCUCAACGGCAACAGCCUCUUCUCCCCCACCAGCGCCGAUGUGGAUGACCUUGCCUCGCCUUCCGUCUACCCCGAGAACGGGGAUCGUCCCUGCAGCAGCAAAGGAAGGAUUUGGGGGUGGGUGGGGGUGGCAGUAGCUGUUGGUCACCCCGCCUUCCCUCUUCCUGAUCACCCCCGCAGGGUCUCCGAGUCCCCCUUCAAGGUGCACCUGGAGAAGCUGACCCUGGACGGCAAGCCCACCGACCGCGUCUACCUGCCCGCAUUAGAGAUCCAGCUGAAGCACAGCACCGUCCACCUGGAUGACCCCUGCCCCUUCCUGGCCCCCAACCCGGGCGUGGCAGCCAUCCACGAAUACGCCGCCUGGGCCUCGGAGGCGUCAGAAGACGCAGGAGGAGGAGAAGGAGAAGAAGAAGCCGUGGUGAGGACCUGGGGCCUGGUGUGGCGCCUGUGCGAGGCGCUCUGGGGCCGCCUGAAGGAGCUGGAGGGCCGCCUGGAGGAGCCCAGCGAGUACGGGCUGCUGCUGGAGCGCCGGAGGGCCUUCUCCCGCUGGCUCUCCCGGACGGCGGCCCAUCGCAUCCAGGAGGAGGUGGCGCUCCGGCAGAACGACGCUCCCGCCGAGGCCGUCUUCAGCUACCUGACCGGGAAGCAGAUCAGCAACGCCUGCCACCUGGCCCAGCAGUCUGGGGACCUCCGCCUGUCUCUGCUCCUCUCCCAGCUGGUGGGGAGCCAGGAGGUCCGGGAGCUGCUGGCCCUGCAGUUGGCCGACUGGCACCAGCUCCAAGCGGACGGCUUCAUCCAGGACGAGCGGCUGCGCAUUUUCUGCCUCCUGGCUGGCAAGCCGGUGUGGCAGUUGUCCGAGAAGAGGACCAUCAACGUGUGUUCCCAACUGGACUGGAAGCGCUCCCUGGGGGUCCACCUGUGGUACCUGCUGCCUUCCACAGCCCCCCUUUCGAAGGCCCUCAGCGUGUACGAAGCCGCGUUCCAGGCCACCCCAGAGGGAGAGGGAUACGCCUGCCCUCCGCUGCCUCCCUACCUAGAGGACUCCGGCUACGUGGCGGAGAACGACAACGCCCAGCGGCCCCUGCGCGACGUGUGUUUCCACCUGCUGAAAUUGUACAGCGACAGGUGCUACGACUUGCACCAGCUGCUGGACCCCCGGAGCGUCACGGCAGACCCCUUGGACCACCGCCUCAGCUGGCACCUGUGGGAAGCGCUCCGGGCCCUGAACUACACCCACCUGUCGGAGCAGUGCCAGGGGGUGCUGAACGGGAGCUACGCAGCCCAGCUGGAGAGGGAGGGGCUGUGGGAGUGGGCCGUCUUCGUCCACCUGCACACCCCCAACGCUCGAACGCGGGAAAGAGCCGUGCGGGAGCUGCUGAACCGCCACUGCAAGCUGCUGGAGUCGCCGGAGUCCGGGGACAAGGAGGCCUUCCUGACGCGGAAGCUGUGCGUCCCCCCGGAGUGGAUCUACGAGGCGAAGGCCCUCUGGGCCCACAGGGAGGGCGACAAGGCCCGGGAGGCCCUCUACCUCUUCAAGGCCGGCCACUGGAACCGGUGCCACCAGCUGGUGGUCAGGCACUUGGCUUCGGACGCCAUCAUCAAUGAGAACUACACCUACCUGAGGGGGUUCUUGGAAGACCUGGCCAGCCCCGAGCGCUGCAGCCUCAUCCAGGGCUGGGACACGGCCGGGCUGGUCUUCUUGGACUACCUCCGGGUCAUCGAGAUGGUCAGCAGGAUUCAGCAGCUGGAGGUCACCGGCUACGAGCUGGAGGAGCUCCACUCCAAAGUGAUCUCCCUCUGCGGCAGGAUAGAGCUGGUCCAGUGCCAGGGUGCCAAGGACAGGCUGGCUCAGUCGGAGAUGGCCAAGCGCAACGCAGACAUCCUCCGCGUGGUGCUGAGCUUGCAGCACCCUCCAGACCCGGCCUGUGGCGCCACCCCCGACGUGCAGAGGGUCCCGCUGCGCCUGCUGGCCCCCCACAUCAGCCGGCUCCCCAUGCCGGAGGACUAUGCGCUGGAGGAGCUCCGCGGGCUGACCCAGUCCUACCUGCGGGAACUGAUGGUGGUGGCCCAGUGAGGGAGCCGCCCUGCCUGCGAGUUGGGGGGGGGCCCGCCUGCCGUCCCUUUGGACCCAGCGGGAGGGCGGGGGUACAGGACGCCUUCCUGCUUUUGGGGGGGAGGG